AUGUUUUCCGUUGUGGUCCCAGGCCGCCCGUGUCUAACAGACAUCGUCGCAAUAGACAGCCAACCAAAUGGCCAAGCAACCAAAUUCGCCUUCACAAUCCCACUCAGCACAUCCCUCAGCGAUAUAGUUGUCUUUUUCCUACCAGGAACAACCCUCCCCCCAAACACCGGCGCCGCAAUCUACGCCCAACUCCCAGACCCGAGCACAGGCCAACCCUCCGGCUUCCGCUUCAUCGGCGCAUUGGCAGAUGAUAAGCCUUCGGGUAUCUUCACUGUACGCCCACCGGGCAGUGCACCGCACCGCUCAGAAGCCGAAGAAGAAGAUGACAUGCUCGACGAGGGUGGCGCGAACGGUGCUGCAACGGGCGUGUUGACACUGGGCAUUUCGAUCGAAGAAGCACAGAAUAUCGCGCCGCAGCUUGCUGCGCUGGAAAUGGAGCGUCCUGCGGGUCAGACGUCUCUGGCGCUGGUCCCGCAGACUGUCGGACAGAGACAGGUCUCGACGAAGGUGCUGGCGCAGCGCAUUAUUGGCAAUGCGUUUAAUUUCCUCGCUAGCUUUGCGGAGAAUGAUAAGGGGCAGGAUACUGUGCCGCUGAAGACCUUCCAUAAUUGGUGGGCGAAGUUUGAGCGUCGCAUUGAGGCUGAUCCUACAUUUUUGGAGCGUGAGGAUCCUAAUGCUUGA